UUGGACCAAAUCGCUCCGAGCUUAGUUGGGGCGAAAAGCACAGGGCAAGGAGGGUGCUGACAGCCACAAAAAGAUCUUCGUGGGCGUCGCGCAACAGCAAUAGGACUCGUAUAAAUGCUGCCUAACUGCCCAUUGCUAUCCGCAUUCGCCAUCACAAUCAUUCUUCUCGAUAUCACCUCCACGAGAACAACUUUCUCUUCUUCACUGCACAUUUAACCAUGGCUAUCCAAAGCACCCUCAGCCUGGCGCUCCUGGGCCUGUCCGCCUCAGCCGUGGCUCAGACCGUCGAUGGCUCCAAGUAUAACUCGCCCACCGCUGGCCCUCCUGCCAGCUACUUUGCAGCGGCCAGUUCCAUUCCCGUGGCUGCAAUCCAGUCCGCAGCGGCCAAGGCGAGCAGCGUGCCAUCGCUGGCGACCUACCCAGUCAACACAGACAAGAACUCCCCGAAGUCGACGAUCCACAAUGACUGGGUCAAAUUCAGCGAUGGCGCGGCCCUCAGCUGGGUGGCGGACAUGGAUGUGGACUGCGACGGAAUCGACUAUAAGUGCAAGGGCAACGGAGACGGCCAGCCCCAAACGAACUGGGGUGCUCUCGCUGCCUACGAGGUCCCCUUCAUCGUCAUCCCCGACAAGUUCCUGACCGCCAACACGGACCUCCUCCCGGGUAACAACGUCGUCGCAGUCAUCUGCAACGGUAAGAUGUACUACGGGAUCCUGGGCGAUUCCAACGGAGACGACCCGGAGGUGACGGGCGAAGCAUCGUGGUUGAUGGCCCGCACCUGUUUCCCGGAUGAAGGGCUGAACGGCGACAACGGCCACGCCGCCGUCGAUGUGACCUACAUCGUCUUCACUGGCAAGGAUGCUGUCCUUCCCAGCAGUGCAUUAGGAAAGAACUACCUCACUAAUUUCACCACCCUGCGAUCCAUGGGCGACAAGCUCAUGGGCGCUCUGGCAUCGCAUUUGGGGUCAACCCCAACGAAGACGGCGUCGGCGACCAAAUCUGCUGCCAGCCCCACGGACACGGACACUAAUACCUGCUCCUGGUCCGGUCACUGUGAAGGCGCUACGUGCUCCUCUGAUGAUGACUGCUCGGACGACCUCGUUUGCGACAGUGGGAGCUGCAGCUCCGAGUAGCGAUGCGGCGGUGUACGAUAAAAACGCUGGGCUGGUGUUGGUGUCAUUUCCUAGCGAGUAUGUGCUCAAUUGUACUAUAAACUUUAACGAUUCGU